AUUGCCUGGGCUUUGAAUAAAGGUGUGAAAACAGAAUACAAGCAAUUCUGGGAUGUGGAUCUGGGAGUUUCAUAUAUUCCUUGGGAGAAAGUAAAAUUGGAUGAUUUGGAGGGCUUUGCUGAAGGUGGCAUGAUUGACCAGGAGACAGUAAACACAGAAUGGGAAACAGCCAGAAGCUCAGAAGCUGCUAAAGAAAAUACUCAAACGACGCAGAGUGCUCCAGUUGAUAAGAGUACAGUUAUUACAACGCAGACAGAAGCUUACACGCAACCAGUCACUAUGCUGCAGAUUCCAGUAGCUCCAGCUGUGCCAGCUGUUAGCUUGGUUCCACCUGCGUUUCCUGUCACAAUGUCUGUCCCUCCUCCUGGUUAUAGCGCAAUUCCUCCUCCACCCUUCUUGCGAGCGAGUUUCAACCCUUCACAGCCACCUCCAGGUUAUAUGCCUCCCCCAGUUCCACCUGUGGUCCCGCCACCUGUUGUCCCACCACCUGUUGUCCCACCAGUUGUUCCAACACCUUUAGUACAGCCUCCGUUACCAAUUGCACAAGAGACGAUGAAGGAUGUUCCUUUUACUAGCCUUGUUCUACCAGUUGGCACAGUUACUAGCAAUCUUGCUACUCCAACAUUAUCUGCUGGAAGCAUUUUUAAUCCUCUGCCAAUCAACAAACCAGAAUCAGAUGAAAAGGGAUCACAUCUUUCAGACCUUCACAUUUCUUCCAGUGAAAGUAAUAGAUCUGUGCAAAGUGAUGUCUCGAGUAGCUCUGGACUUGGAGGAGUGCAGCCACCCAGCGUCUCGAGCAGUUCUGGGCUUACUGGAGAAGGGCAACCACCCAGUGUCUCAAGUAGCUCUGGACUUGCAGGGGGAGCACAGCCACCCAGCGUUUCAAGCAGCUCUGCGCUUGGAGGAGGAGUGCAACCACCAACUGUUUCAAGCAGUUCUGGUCUUGCAGGAGGCAUGCAGCUACCCACUGUCUCCAGUAGCUCUUCUCUUGCUGGCGGAGUUCAGCCACCCAGCGUCUCGAGUAGCUCUGGACUUAUGGCUGGAGUGCAACCACCAAAUGUCUCAAGUAGCUCAGGACUUCUAGCUGGAGUGCAUCCACCCAAUGUCUCAAGCAGCUCUGGCCUUCUGACAGGAAUGCAGCCACCCAGUGUCUCAAGCAGCUCAGGAGUUCUGGCAGGAGUACAGCCACCGAGUGUCUCAAGCAACUCUGGGCUUCUCAUAAUGCCACCACCCAGCGUUUCAAGUAGUUCUGGACUUAUGGGAGUGCCACCACCAAAUAUUUCAAGUAGUUCUGGACUUCUGGCGAUGCAGCAUCCAGCUGGGGUUCAAAACAUGCCUCAUUUAAAUAUUAGUACUCAGAGGAUGCCGGGAAUGCCUCUCAUAGAUAUCCGUCCAGGCCUAAUGCCCCAUUCGCCUGGACCAAUAGGAAUGCCACCACAGCGUAGUAUUCCUCCUCCAGCAAUCCUUGAUCCAUCUCUUCACCCACCACCUCGAGGUCCUUUUCCUCCAGGAGAUAUUUUUAAUCAAACAGAAAGACCUUUUGCACCGCCAGGAAGACAAAAUAUUGAUAGCAUUUCUAAUCCAGAGAAAAGACUACCACUUGGAGGUGAUAACAUCCAGCAGGAAGGAGACAGAGAUUACCGCUUUCCUCCAGUGGAAAACCGGGAUAAUCUUAACAGACCAUCUCCAGUGGAUGUGAGAGAUCCUGCUGGACGACCACCAGUUGAUCCGAGAGAGGCUAUAGGAAGGCCUCCCGUAGAUGGAAGAGAACACUUCGCAAGGCCACAUGUAGACAUGAGAGAAAAUUUUGGAAGACCAGGCAUAGAAAACCUUGGUCGAAGAGAGCAUUUUGGUUUCAAUUCAGACAAGCACUGGGGACAGAGAGGAGAUUAUGAUGAAAGAGAGCACCAUGCCUUCCCUAUUUAUGGUGGCCCUAAAGGUUUCCAUGAAGACAGAGAGAGGUUUCGGCAUGUAAACUAUAGGUUUGAUAAUAGAAGUGGUCCCAAUUGGAAUAGAGGAUUUGAACAAGAUGCCCACAGAGAUUUUGAUGACCGCAGAAGACCCUGGGAAAGACAGAGGGAUAGAGAUGACAGAGAUUUUAAUUUUUGCAGAGAAGUAAAUGGGAGCAGGUUUGGAAGAGACAGAAUGUCAAACAACUGGAUCCCCCCUCCACAUCCACGGGUUUUUGAAUAUUUUGAUGGGGCCACUUCCCAACGCAAAGCCGAUAAUAUGCCCCAGGUAAAUGGUGAAAAUACAGAGACAGAAAGUCAGCCACCAACUGCACAGGUGCAGGACGAUCCAGAACUUUAUGAAAAACUGACAUCUUCCGUCGAGAUAAGCAAAGAGAAGAGUGACACAGAAGCUGAUAUAGAAAGUGAACCAGUGGUAGAAAGCACAGAAACUGAGGGGACAUAAUCAUCACUCAGUAGGUAAAAGAUACCUUUUGUAAAGUUGUCAUCUCUCUGUAAUAGAUAAAUGGCUGACUGGACCUUAGCAGUUCACUUUUGUCUGCCAGAAUUAAGUUAAUCUGAUGUUCAUCUUUCACUUAAAUAACUGUACAACUGACUUGUAUAGAACACUGUUCUUAAUUUUAACAUGGUAGGUAACCUUUUUUUUUUUUUCCCCCUCUGGUAAAGCAUAAACUUGCCCCCACUUGCUUUUAAUUUCACAAAGAUAAAAUAACAGCUUGUCAAACAAAGACUUCCUAUGGAAGAAAAUGGAAUUUUUUAGAUACUACCCUUAGGUUGGCUCUCGAAAUUGUUAUACUUGAAAACAGGUGCUGGUGUAUCUUGUCCAUGUUUUUAGGCUGCUGCAGAAUUUUAAGGUAUAGACAAAGCUGUGAUAUUUUAUGUUCCUACAAUUCGGCAGAAAAAGAAAUGGCCCAUGUUAUUUCAGGAGCAUAACACAGAGAUUAAAAGUGAUUUUGUAAAAUCUACACUAUAGUCUCUGUUUUCUCUAAAGUAAGUGUUUGUGAUUUGUUCCUCGUACUGCAGUGGGUUCAAAACAAUGAAAAAGUACAUUUUAAUGUUGGGUGCAUUUUGUUUUUAGAUGCCAAUAAAGCAUAUUUGUU